AUGCAAAUAAAGAAGCAAUUCGCAGCAGGAAUAGUUGCGAUGUACUGUGUUACGGCGCAUCUAAAGAUAUUCCAGGAGAAUGGAUUAUUCCACAGGAUAAUAGGCGGCGAGUUAGUGCAGAAAUCAAACGCAGCACCUCCCGGAGGGCCAGCAGGAGCAAAACCGCAGGAUAAGCAGGCUGCACCAGACGCAGCAAAAGACGCAAAGCCCAGCGCCUCUGCAGAAGACAAGAAGCCUGAUGACUCGAAGAAUAAGCCAGAUAACCCAAAAGAUGCAACAAGCAAAGGAACAAGCACUCCUCCAAAGGACAGCUCAAAAGAUACGAGCAAUAAAGGAGGUUUAUUGGGACUAUUUGGGAGCUCUAACACAAGCAGCAAGGGAGGAAACAGCAAAACCUCUGCAAAAAAGCCAAAAGCAACAGACGGCUCAAAAGACAAGCCAGCAGGCGGAGGGGGAAUAUUCGGGCUAUUUGGAGCAUCAAAUUCAAAGGCAACAGAUGGCACAAAGUCAAAGUCAUCAGAUGGGACGAAGUCAAAGUCAAAAUCAGCUGGCACUAAGUCAAAAUCUGCAGAUACGAAGUCAAAAUCAAAAUCAGCUGACUUAAAAUCAAAAUCAUCGGUCAAUACGAAGUCAAAAGCAUCUACAGCAGGCAAACAGUCCGCAAGCAAAUCAGUUGGCAGCAUAAAAUCAAAAUCAUCAGCCCUAUCAGGAACAAAGAGUAAAUCUGCCUCCAUUGCAGCCACUGGCAGUAAAAGCAAAGACAUGUCUAAGUCCGUCAGUGUUUCAUCCAUGCCUGCAAAAUCCUCUGCUAUCAGCAAGACAGCCUCUACAUCCAUUGCAGCCACCGGAUCUAUCACAAAUAUUACAGAUAUUACCAAAUAUAGUAAAGCAGAUAUACAAAAGGCCAUGACAGCAACUAACUCAACUUCUAUUACAAACAUUGCUGUGUACUUCUCCGUUGACUGCAACUGCUACAGAGACGCAGAGAACAAAAUUACAAUGAAAAAAGUGAAUAGCGAAAUAAUCGACGAGACAGGAAUGUUCAAGGGAGAAGAGUGCGGAUGCACAUCAGCAGAGGAAGUAAAACAAAAGGCAACUCUAACAGAAACAGGAUUCUACCAGAUAAAUAUAUCCGCAGAGCAAUCAAGACAGCAAGCGCAAUCUUUCUCCAAGGUCGCAGAUCAGCUGAGCAUACAGGGCUCACAGCUAUCAUCUGUCUCAUCCCUCUCAAUAUCAGCUACUACUUCAGCUGGUGCAUCAUCUGGCUCAUCAUCUGGUGCAGUAGCUGGCUCAAUUGCUGGUUCUAGCUCAUCUGCUGGUUCAUCAUCUGGCUCAUCAGCUAAUUCAUCUGCUGGUUCAUCAUCUGGUGCAUCCGCUGGUGCAUCAUCUGGUGCAUCAUCCGGUGCAUCUGCUGAUAGUUCAGCCAAUUCUGGUGCAGUGGCUAAUUCAUCCUCUGGCUCAGCUACUGAUAGCUCAGCUAAUUCAUCUGCUGGGGCAUCGGCUAAUUCUGAUGCAUCCGCUGGUUCAUCGGCUAAUUCAUCUGCUGGCUCUGAUGCAUCCGCUAAUUCUGGUGCAUCAUCUGCUCCUGCACCAUCCCCUUCAGAUACCUCUGCAGCUCCUUCAUCUGCUGAUGGCAGUGGGGCUGUGCCUCCAGCUAUCUGCAGCUCUCCUGUCUCUUCUAUGGACAGUGUGCCUAUGCCCACAUCAGCUGCACCUAUUCCUGCCACAGUUCCCACUCCUAUGCCUUCUAGCUCUAUUUCUGUGCCGGUGUCACAGACGGGUGUACUUCCCACCGCGCAAAAUAACCCUCUUACAGGCUGUGUGGGCUCUCCGUGCCACGAUGUUGUGCGAUACUUCAAGAUAAAACUCCCACAACCUGUUACACACGUCGUAACAUUUACCACAGUUGAAACAGUCAUACGCCCUACUACAGUGGUGCAGCCUACAACUGUAGUGCAAUCUACAACUGUUGAAAAGCCUGUGACAGUAGUACAGCCCACAACUGUAGUGCAGUCUACCACAGUAGUGCAGUCAACUACUGUUGAAAAGCCUGUGACAGUUGAAAAGCCUACAACGAUAAGCGUUACUAAGACAGUGCAGCAGUCGAUCACAGUGAAUGUUGUUAAAACUGUGUCGCAAAUAGUUCCAACUACAGUAUCUCAGAUGGUGCCUACAACGGUGAUAAAGACAGAAGUGCAGCCUAAGACAGUGGUGCAGCCCACAACUGUAGUGCAGCCUACAACCAUACAGCAGACUAUUACGAUAUCAAAGACAGUUACAUCGAUAGAUACAGUGCGAGGCGCAGAAGUGACAAAAACAAUCGCAGCAUCAUUGCCAACUACCAGUGUAGCACCCGUUCCUGUGGCACCACCUGCAGCUCCCGUGGUGAACACCUAUGGGAACAUGAAUGCCUGCCAACUGAGUCAGGGAUGCUCUGUGGAGCAGCUUGUGGAGUACAAAACUAUUCCGAUUUCCAUUGAUGCCACAUCAUUUGCUGAGGAGCUGUGUCCCUGCGAAAACUCGUUCUGUCUGAAUCCUUGUGUUCCGAUGGUUGACACAGCUGCGAAGAAUAGCCACGUCCUCUUCAACGGACAAAUUCCAACACGGGCACACCACGAAUAG